AUGAAAUGGACACGGAACGGAUUGUGGCUUCUGAUUAUUUUAAGCAUCGCUGUCGGGGGGAAUGCAGAAAUUUUGGAUGAUAAACCACCAAAAUUUCAAGUUCUCCGUGCUCAUGCAGCAGAUGUUCCACAAUUAGCAGCACUUCGUGAUAUCCAGAAGAAAACUGAAAAUGAUCUCGAUUUCUGGCAAACACCUUCAAAAGUUGGUCAUCGAGCUGACAUAAUGGUGGACACGGAUCGAAUGGAAUGGUUGGAUUCUGUGUUGAAAAGCUCAAAUAUCAGUUAUGAUGUCAUAAUUGAUGAUGUUGAGAAACUGAUUUUGGAGAAGGAACACAGUCCGUCGAGAUUCUCGAAAUUGUUGUUUUCGAAGAGAAUGCACAAUGAAGGAGGGAAUAGAGCAAGAUAUGGAUUCGGAGAGUAUCACAGUUAUCAAACAAUUUGUGAUUGGAUGAAAGACAUUGAAAGAAAAUAUCCGGAUAAAGCGAGAGUAUUCACAAUGGGAACAACUGCAGAAGGAAGACCAAUUCAGGGAAUUAAAAUUGGAAAUCAAGUAUGGAGAAACGAUAAAAGAAUAUUCUGGAUUGAUGGAGGGAUUCAUGCGAGAGAAUGGGCUGCCGUGCAUACGACACUCUGGUUUAUUGAUAGAUUGAUCGCCGAUUACAACGAUGAUUCUCUUGUCCGUAACGCAGUUGAUCGACUUAAUUUCUAUAUUCUUCCUGUAGCGAAUCCUGAUGGUUACGAGUAUUCAAGAAGUGAUGUGUCUCCAAUGAUCCGUUUAUGGAGAAAGAAUCGUGCCGGAGUCGUUUGCAAAAAGGAUCGUUGGUUUAGAGACAGAUGUUGUGGUGGGGUGGAUUUGAAUAGAAAUUAUGAUUGGCAUUUCGGAGAAACUGGUUCAAGUACUGACAAGUGUUCUGAAAUCUACCAAGGAAGCUCCGCAUUCAGUGAACUUGAAACACGAUCGAUGAGAGAUUUUCUGACAUCUCCUGAACUAAACGGAAAGAUUGACGCCUUCAUAACACUCCACACAUACUCUCAAAUGUGGAUUCAUCCUUACUCUCAUGCACGGAAAAGUGUUCCCGCAGAUGUCGCUGAAUUGCAACGUGUGGGAAAAGCAGCCGUCGCUGCUCUUGAGAAUACUUUCGGAACACAAUAUAAGUUUGGAACCGGAUCGGAUAUUCUUUAUCCAUCGGCCGGAGGAUCAGAUGACUGGGCGAAGGGAGUUCUUCGUGUCAAAUAUGUCUACCUUCUCGAAUUGAGACCAGGAGAGGACGUCUGGGAUGGUUUCAUCCUCGACCAACACCAAUUGAUUCCAACUGCCAAGGAAACAUGGAACGGAAUCAAAGUGGUUAUUCGAGCAGUUUCCGAUCAGGCUGGAUCACUUCCCGAUUCUAUUGCUUCAACUUUGCCUCCAAUUACGCUACCGCUCCCGCCUCCAACCACAACAACUACAACUACAACUACAACUACCACAACUGAAGCUCCUACAACAACUACAACUGCUCCAUGGACCACAACUCCAUGGACCACAACUCCAUGGACCACAACUCCAUGGACUACAACCCCGUGGACUACAACCCCGUGGACUACAACCGUCCCAUUCUCAAGUAUAUUUAUCGUCACCGAACCCGCACCAAUCACCCGCACCACGCCAACACAUCUCGACGCUUUCUAUAAACUCGGCAAACGACGCUUCAAAUUUGUUUCUAUCAAAACGUUUCUCCCAACGCUUCCAACAACUCCAAUGCCUUCUUUUGAUUUAUUUUCCACUACUCUUUCACCAUCUUUUCCCGCAUUUUCACAACAUCAUCAAGCUUCCUCAUUUUCAUUUUCUCAACCACCUUCACUGCCUCUUGUCACUGUAUUCGGUCCAAAUGAGAACAACGCAGUGAUCGAUGAUUUUGAAGGUGCCUCUUCGCCACGUGUCCUUCCAGCAUUUGUUCGACGACCGAAUGGAAGUAUUGUGAGAGUGAAUUCUCGUCGUCCGGGAUCUCGUCAACAUCGCCCCGGAAGCUUUUCUCAGCAGAGAGUCGUCCAGUUCAGGAAUAGAUCAUCCAACAGAGGCCAAUUCACAAAUGUUGCUCAGCAGAGACAAAUGCCAAUCCAACAACAAUCUCGUGGACAAUGUGUUGAUCGUUCAGCUUGGUGUGCUUCUUGGCUCAGUGGCAACUCAAGAGUUUGCCAGAUUUCGGCGAUUUACAUGAGGCAAGAUUGUGCAAGAACUUGCGGAUUCUGUUAA